AUGGACGACGAUUACGUGGCGGAGGUGCUUGCACGCGAAGCGCGCGAUACCUCCAAAAGAUACCAACAGGAAGGUCUCGCUGCUUAUAUGCCGCAAAGGCCAAAGAGCAACGCCCCCAAACCCAACACCCGAUUUCUGCGCCACCUCAUCAGAGAGACGGAUACCCACAAUACAGCUCUUAAGCGCAAGGAAGACAAAGAAGCAAAAGAUCGCCUGCGUCAUCUCCGCGGCCCGACGGGAGAUGAAGCGACUCCGAAACUGGCGUCGUCAGUACGAAAGGGUCGCGAUUCACGUGAGAGCGUGUCGACCACGGACAAAAAGCGCAGAGAUGAAUACCGUGAUCGCCCAAGACCAGAUAAACCAGAAGAUUCCAAUUCUCAUCGGAGACAUCGGACACGAGAAUCGUCCAAUGAUCGAGACCGGACUCGGCACAAUCGCCACCGAGACGAGCAUGGCCGAUCAUCGCGGGAGAGCCGAGAGCAACGGGGCACGAAUCGCAUAGGAGACGAACGCAGACGAGAUCACGGGGACUCAUCGGCGUCGCAUCAUCGCGCCAGUAGAAGACAUCACUCGCGGUUGCGCGUUGCGCAACAUGGUCGGUCGGAGCACCGCUCACAGCGAGCCAGAGCCAAAAACACUCCACGCAAGUCAUCAUUGUCGCCGGCCGCAGAAGUCACUGGCUCCUGUGGGCAGCCACGAGGAUCACCGGGGCCAAAAAAUGCGGUUGACACUCCUUUGGAAGACGAUUCUGAUCCUUUAGAAGAUAUCGUUGGACCUUUACCUCCACUUUUUGAUGGGGACCAAAUCAAGCCCGUUCGCUCGCGUGGUCGCGGCGCGUACAGACCUAGCACGAGCAACAUUGACGCCCACUUUGCGCCGAAUUAUGAUCCGACCCUCGACGUUCAGCCCGAGGAUGAGCUCUCGUCGUCCAUGGGCAAGCCCACUCGUCGUCCUGUUGCGGGUCUCAUGACAGCGGACGAUGACUGGGACAUGGCUCUUGAGGCUUUACGUGACCGACAGCGCUGGAAACAGAGCGGCGAAGAAAGAUUGCGUGCGGUUGGCUUGGAUGACCAGGUCAUCGAUCGAUGGAAAACGAACACAGCUCUCGCGGGGGCAGGUGACACUGAGGCGAAUCCGGAGACUGUUCGGUGGGCAAAGCAAGGUGAGGGCCGUGAAUGGGAUCGUGGCAAAGUGGUAGACUCGGAUGGCCAUGUCGACUGCGGAAAUGUGCCGUUGUGGCAUCGCUGGAUCUUGUCAGCCAAACUGGGCGUUUCCACCCGUGCCCGGGCAAACCGCCGGUUGCUUAUAGAUCGGGCUUUCAUUGAAGCCGUCGGCUCCGAGGACCUUGUCAACUAUAAACUAAUUCCAUUGACCUUCGGCCAUUUCCUGCCGGCACCAGGUAUCUCAUCAGUACGAGAGGUAGGUACGAAGGAGGCACAUCUUGAGACGGCAUGGAAAUUGUCAGGCCCCUCAAUUCUUACGCUCACAAACCAACAGUCUCACCUCUUCAUCAGGAACGCCGACAUCUAUCCAUCUCCAUUGAUAUUGGCACCCAUCAUGACCGACCAAUUUGCCUACUCAUACCCUUCCCCGCUGGAAGGAUUCGAGAAUCUGGAGCCUCUUUCUGAAGAGCGCAAUGAGGACGGCAAAUCCCUCGUCAAUCCACAACAUGGACGUCUGAGUAAGGCGUACGAGGAGUUCCCAGACCCGCUGUGUACAGGGCGUCGCGGUGGAUUUGACAUUCAUAUAUACCAUUAUCAGACAAACCCGGACCAAGCGAAAUUUGCGCGGGAAUUAUGGGAGCGCAUUCGGCGCGAGUUCCCCGAGCUUCGUAUCUACUCUUUCUUCGAUAGACCCGUUGGUCCGCAUCCCGUCGCCAUGUUCGAAGUCAAUGUUUUUACCCCGGCGCAAUUUGGCGCGUUUGUUCCCUGGCUGGUCAUCAAUCGGGGACCCUUGAGUGCAUUGAUUCAUCCCAAUACAGUAGAUGAGGAAGAGGAACGGAAUCAUACGCAGCGGGCAACCUGGUUAGGAGAGCGAAUCCCGUUAGACCUACGGGUGUUCAAAUUGAUGCGGGAGAGACAGAAGAAGACGGCGGAGACGGCGGCGUAA